AUGAGCGGAACUUUCAACUUCAAUACGCAAAAUAACCAAGGAAAACCGGGUGAUUCGAAACCUGCAUUCAGCUUCGGGAACGCCGGUAACACUGCAACCAACACAUUUUCCGGAUUUGGUAGUGGAUCAAGCGGUACAACGCCGGCGUUUUCCUUCGGCGCUGCGAAACCGGCAGAUGGGACCGGCUCGGCACCCGCGUUCGGGGGUUUUGGUGCGAACAAACAAUCCACAGCAAACUCAACGCCAGUUUUUGGUGGAUUUGACGCUAAGAAGACCGAGGGCUCCCCAGCACCUUCUUUCAGCUUUGGUGGGGCCGCAAGCUCGGCGCAGAAGACUGAACCAGUGAAGCAGUCUAAUUCUACCGGUGCAUUUACGUUCGGCAACACAUCCACGCCCAGUUUCGGAGCUACGGAGAAGAAAGAGGAAAAUAAGCCAUUGUUUGGGAGCACAGCAUCGAACAGUAUCUCUAGUAACGGGCCGUUUCCCUUUGCCUCCAGCGCGCCUUCUGGAAAGAUAGAGGAUAAGAAACCUGCCUUUACUUCUGGAGCUAAACCACUAUUUGGAUCCAAUAAGGAUGAUGCACCAAAACCUGCAUUUAGUUUUGGUGCAUCAGCCGCAUCAACAGAGAAAAAGGAUUCGCCUGCUAAAUCUGCAUCACCUUUUGGGAUCACUCCGCCAGCCGCUGCACCCGAACAGAAGAAGGCUGACUCUACGCCGGCCUUCUCCUUUGGUAGUAGCACAACAUCUGGAGAGCAGAACAAGACCACCAACGCACCUAGUCUAUUUGGAAAUGCUGCCCCCGUUAAUGUUAAGGAGGAAGCGCCAAAGCCUGCGUUUUCGUUUGGAAAUGCAUCAUCCCAGCCUGUGAAGAAGGAGACAACUCCUAAAAAUGCAUUCAGCUUUGGUGAAUCCAAAGUCACUGCAACAAAAGAAGGCGAUGCAUCCAAACCCACAUUGAGCUUUAUGGGGUCUACAAAGACUAAUACUCAGUCUGAGGACGCUCCUAAGCCAGCAUUCUCAUUUGGAGCAAGUGCAAAGACGGGUGAGACGCCGAAGCCAAGCUUCAGCCUCAGCAAUGCAACAGAUAAGAAGGAGCCCAGUGCAAAACCAGCUUUUUCACUAGGGACCGCCACUGACAAGAAUCCAGCUGCACCUGCAUUUUCUUUCGGGUCAACCACAACUUCUAACGCAAGUACUUCAACUAAAGAGGGGGCAAAUAAAGAAGUUACACCCAAGCCUGCCUUCUCUUUCGGAAAGAAGGAUGAGGGUAAGAAAGAAGAUAACAGUGGCUCUACUCCCGGGACUUCUGCUACUUCUACUGUCACUUCUGCUCCGCCCCCACCAACUGCUUCCUCUGCUGCUACAGCUACAACUAAUGCUCCUUCUUCGGCAACUACUUCCAAAUCGGUUGAGCCUCAACCAAUCUCGCUAGACAACAAGACUCUUGAUGACUUGGUUACCAAGCUGACCACCCAGUUGACCGGUUCUGCUGGUCACUUUGAGACUUAUGCCAAAAAGAUUAACGAGUGGGAUCAAGUUCUUGUCCAAGGCGGAGAACAAAUUAGCCAAUUGUAUUCUGACACCCUGAUUGCGGAGCAGACUCAGUCAAGGGUUGACCAACACUUGCAAUAUAUCGAACGGCAGCAGAAUGAAUUAGAAACCUUCUUGGACAAUUAUGAGAAAAAGGCUGAAACGUUACUCUCCGAAAUAUUUUCCUCUAACACAGGAUCACCGGCAAAUACAAAUGAUCAAAAGAGGCAACAAGCAUUCCGGACUGCAGAGAUAUUGGAUGAGAACUUGAAUGCUCUAUCUGUCAAUCUGUCUUCUCUGAUUUCUGAAAUAAACGAAGUUUCUGAGACAUUCAACAAAGCGACGAACAUGAACAUAGCUAACAAAGAUGAACAUGCGCAAUUGAUAAAGCUAUUAAACUCUCACCUUGAUGCACUUAACUCCUUGGACAAUAGCUCUACGACUCUUGAAAAGAAAUUAAAAUCUCUGCACAAAUAG